AUAUAUGUUUACUAUUAAAAGAAGAUAAAAGAGUUUCUUUUGAGUUCUUCUAUUAGCUUUACAUAAAGAAUAAACUCUCUUUUCUCACUUUUUCUUUCUAAAUCUAUUAGCAAAAUCAAACUUGAAGUUUGUCCAUCUUUUCCUUUUUCCCUUUUUCUUACAUCUCUUUGUGUGUUUCUUGUUUGUGUUUUUGUGCAACUUUUACUCUAUUCUCCAGGGUAUAUUAUCAUAAAUUUUGGGUUUUUUGGAGCUAACAAAAAAAGGAAAAGUUAAAGUCUCCCCCAAAGCAAAAAAGCUACUAUUAGAAAAUUAAAGAAAACAUUCUUGAAAUCUUGUUUUUUUUGUUAAAUUUUCUUUAGUAGUAGUUAUAAUCCAUAAAAAUGCCCUUAGAAGGGGUUUUCAUUGAACCCCAAUCAACUAAUUCAAAGCAAAUUCCUGAUCUUUCUCUCAACAUUAGCCCACCAAAUAGUUCUUCUUCUCCAUCUUGUAACAACAUCAAUGAAUUACUAGCAACUUCUAGUUUCGAUCUCUCGAGUCGUUGUACUACUGAAGUGAGUGAAAAUCAUAGGAGAUUAGAGUUCAGUAAGUCGGGAAAUUGCCUUACAGAACUCUCGUUAGCUCAUCCAACCACCACUACCACCACCACCACCAACACCACCAGCGCCACCAUCUACGAUGAAUCAAGAAGGGGUUUCUUAGACCUACCAAGAAACCCUUAUUACAACAACCACUAUAGUCAAAAUUAUAACCAUAUGGUGCAACCAAUGAAUCAAAUAAAUCAUGGGGUUUCUUCUUUAGAUGUAUCAGACGGUUUAAGACCUAUAAAGGGUAUUCCAGUAUACAAUCACAACCGUUCAUUUCCUUUCUUGGCUAAUUUAGACAAGGAAAAAGAUCCAAAGAUGUGUUUUUACCCAAUGGCUUCAUCAUCUUCACCACUUUUUUCUCCUCCAUCUUCAUCUCCUUAUAUUAAUAAUAGGUUUAAUGGAAUAUCAUCUUCUUAUCAAGUGCCACAUCAUCACUUACAUCAUAGUCAAUAUGGUGUAGGAUUAGGGCAUUCUUCUCAUGAAACUGCAACUUCUCAUCAUAGUUUGAUGAGAUCAAGAUUUCUACCAAAACUUCCAGCUAAAAGAAGUAUGAGAGCACCAAGAAUGAGAUGGACUAGUACUCUUCAUGCCCGGUUUGUUCAUGCUGUGGAGCUUCUUGGCGGCCAUGAAAGGGCAACACCAAAGUCAGUAUUGGAGCUAAUGGAUGUGAAAGAUCUUACUCUUGCUCAUGUCAAAAGCCAUUUACAGAUGUAUCGCACUGUUAAAACUACUGACAAACCUGCAGCUUCCUCUGGGCAAUCAGAUGGGUCAGGAGAAGAUGAUCUCACAACAAUAGGAAGCACCGGCGCCGGUGACCGGACUAGUUUAUGCCGGUUUACGGAUCAGAGAGGAGCAUCUGAUGGAUCUUUACAACCCGAAUCCGAUUACCCGUCUACUGCCAAUCCUACUCUUUGGAGUAAUUCCUCAAGCAGUAGAGAAGGAUGGUUGCAAGCUAACUCAAAUGAUGCAAAUGGUCUUAGAUCACCUUGCUUUCCAUCUCAACAAAAAUCAGGUCACCAAAUAGAGAAAAAUCCAAGCUUGGAGUUCACAUUAGGAAGACCAGAUUGGGUUGAAAAGGAGCAUGAUUGAAGAUGAACACGUUCGAAUUAAAGCAUGGGCAUCUGCUAUUAAAAAGGGAGCAGUAAAUCGUCGAUCUGAAUCAUCACUUCAAUUUGAUCUUGACUUAGCUGAUUAUUUUUCUGAGUCUUUUCCUUUUCUGUAAUUUUGGAAUGGAAGAGAAGGCAUGAGCAUGAAAAUUAUUAUGAGCUACAUAAAGAAAGCAAAAAAAAAAAAAAAAAAAAAAAAAAAAAAAAAAAAUGUAUUGCCCUAAGGUAAUAUAGCUAAUUAAACUCCCAUGCAGAUGACCUAUAGAGUUGGACGUGUUUUUUUUUUCUUUUUUUUGUUUUAAGGUUUCCCAUCCAUAUUUUAACCUACCCGCCUUUUUUACCAUGCCCGAGAUGGCCUUAUGGGUAGCAGCCUCCUACAGAAAUGGUCUUGUGGUCGACUUCUAUUCUGCUUGUUGGAAAGUUCUUUCGGAUCUCUUACCGGGUCAACCCGCUGAUCAAUAUCCGAUAGUGGUUGACCUCUAUGGUAUUUAUACCUCUUUUUUUUUUUUUUUUUUUUUUUUUGGUUUUGUUAAUCUUUGUUUUUUUAUUUUAUUUCUUGGGUUGGUUGAUUUCUAGCCAUUGGCUAUGAGUCUCUAAUGUAAAAGUUCGAUUAAUUAACUACAAUCGUGGACAUAUUUGAAAAAAUAGAAAGAGUUGAAAUUCAACUGGAAGUUUCUGUGA